UUUCAUACUCGUUAAUGGCAACAUCAAUUUAGUGGCGCUUUUAUUUGUUUUCUUUUUAAGCGCAAUUUGUUUAAAACGUCAUCCUUGGAUUCUUAGGUUUUCUUUGUAAUUUUGCAAUUUUAAAGUAGCUGAGUGAUAACGUAACAGAUUAAAUUUGUCUCUUCUUCAAAGGUCAGAUAACGUAUGAUAUUGAAACACUCUGGUUUGAUAGCAAGCACUCGAAACUUUACCUUUAUCGCUUUAUCAAUUGCCUCAGAAAUUUCUUAUCAUUCGCCUGGCCUCUUAUCUUACAGCUUUAAAUCUAUUUCUAAAGUUUUCUUUCCUUAGUUUUACGUUUUCAAGGAAGGUAUUUUUGAUAUAAUUGUUCCCUGGUAUCAUGGCUUCCUCUAAUCAUAUUGCAAUUCUUAGUGUCUCAGAUAAAUCUGGACUUCUCCCAUUUGCUAAAACUUUAGCAUCAGUUGGAUUUCAUCUUGUUGCAUCUGGAGGGACAGCAAAGGCUUUAAGAGAUGCAGGUUUAAAAAUUAGGGAUGUCUCAGAAUUAACUGGAGCUCCUGAAAUGUUGGGAGGACGAGUUAAAACUUUGCACCCGGCUGUACAUGGUGGCAUAUUAUCUACAAAGUCAGAUAGUGAUAUUGCUGAUAUGAAGAACCGGGGUUACGACUUUGUCAGUGUUGUUGUUUGCAAUUUGUACCCAUUUGUUGCCACUGUUUCAAAGCCAAAUGUGACAGUAGCUGAUGCAGUUGAAAAUAUUGAUAUAGGUGGAGUGACACUUUUAAGAGCUGCUGCAAAAAAUCAUGAUCGUGUUGUCAUUGUUUGUGACCCCACAGAUUACACCGUAAUUGGAGAUAUUUUGGAGAAAAAAAAGACUCUUGAUGCUAUUUUAAAUGAAGAUUCCCUACCACUCAGAAGACGUUUAGCUUUGAAAGCUUUCAAUCAUACUGCAGAGUAUGAUACUGCUAUUUCCAGUUACUUCAGGGGUGAAUUUAGCCAGGGAGUGUCUCAAUUAUCGCUUAGAUAUGGCAUGAAUCCCCACCAGAAGCCAGCUCAAAUCUUUACAACAGGCGACAAACUUCCCUUUAAAGUUUUAAAUGGAUCUCCUGGAUUCAUCAAUUUAUGUGAUGCUUUAAAUGCAUGGCAAUUGGUAUCUGAAUUGAGAAAAAGUUUAGAUUUACCUGCUGCAGCUUCAUUUAAACACGUCAGUCCCGCAGGUGCUGCUGUUGCUGUACCUCUUACUUCCGAGGAAGCCAAAGUUUGCAUGGUAGAUGAUUUAUAUGAAAUAUUAACUCCAGUAUCAACUGCUUAUGCCAGGGCAAGAGGUGCUGAUAGAAUGUCGUCUUUUGGAGAUUUUGUAGCACUUUCAGAUAAGUGUGAUGUUGUAACAGCAAGAAUAAUUUCUAGAGAGGUUUCAGAUGGUAUUAUUGCACCUAGUUAUGAGCCUCAAGCUUUGGAAAUUCUAAAGAAAAAGAAAAAUGGAGGCUAUUGUGUUUUAGAGAUGGAUCCUUCUUACAUUCCAUCUGAUCUUGAAAGUCGAACAUUGUUUGGCUUGGCACUUUCCCAAAAAAGGAAUGAUGCUGUCAUAGAUAAAACUGUGUUUUCCAAUAUUAUUUCCAAAAAUAAAACAAUUCCAUCUAAUGGUGUUACAGAUUUAAUUGUUGCUACUUUAGCUGUGAAAUAUACACAAUCUAACUCUGUUUGUUAUGCUAAAAAUGGACAAGUUAUUGGUACUGGAGCUGGUCAACAGUCUAGAAUUCACUGUACUAGGUUAGCUGGUGACAAAGCCAAUCUCUGGUGGCUUCGUCAUCACCCUAAGGUUCUUGGCAUGGAAUUUAAAAAAGGAGUAAAGAGGGCAGAGAUUUCUAAUAUUAUUGAUGUUUUUGUUGGUGGCACUUUUGGAAAAGAUAUGCCCUUAGAGAUCUAUCAAAAUUCCCUCGUUAAUCCUCCAACACCUCUAACACAGUCAGAAAAAGAGGAAUGGAUUAAACAGUUGAAAGGUGUUUCCCUCAGCUCAGAUGCUUUCUUUCCCUUCCGUGAUAAUAUUGAUCGUGCACAACAAAGUGGUGUUGCAUAUGUUGUCAGUCCAGGUGGUUCUACCAAUGAUGAAGCUGUAUCUUCUGCUUGUGAUGAUUAUAAUAUGGUGCUAAUUCAUAGCAAUUUACGCUUGUUCCAUCAUUAAUCUCUAUCAGCUAUACCAUAAUCUUAUCAGCAUCCCUAAAUAAAAAUUGGACUUCGCAUUUGACACAAUUAUAGAAAUCAAAAUAUUUUUUUGGAAUUUAACUCCUUAUUACAGUUUUCUCAUAUUUACUUGAAAAAUUAAUAUUGUUCAAUAUUUUUGAUAUUUUCCAAUUAUCUUGUUAUUUUUUUAAAAAAGUGAAUAAAAUAUUGUUAUACUA